AUGGCGGCGGGCUCAGAGUUCGGCGUUGGCUCCGGUACCAGUAGGCGGUCGGUGCCCACCUCGCUCCUAAGGCGUGCCGCCCGCGCCCGGCCUCGUUUAAAUCAACGGCCGCCGCAGCGCGACCAAUGGGCGCGCACGCCGCGCGACGCGCUGACGCCGCGGCGGGCGGAGCUGCGCGCCGUGCGCGACGCCGUGGGCUCCGCCGUGGGCGCCGCACUGCGACUCUACGAGGAGCGCGCCGGCGAGCUGGGGCUGGCGGUGGCACUGCGACGCGGGCCGCGCUGCCCUGCGCUGGCCGAGGCGCUCGAGGGUCUGCACGACGUGGAGCGGCACUACAGGCUGCUGUACCUGGAGAGCAGCCUGCUACUGCAGCGCAUCAGUUGCGAUGACCUGGACACCAUGGAGGCCCUGCCACAGGCCUGGGAGUGCAUCCUGGAGCGCCAUAAGCCCCACGUCGUGCAAGAUACGCUGCUUAAGAUCUCGCUUUUUCUCGACAAUCAGUGAUCCCUGUGCUGCUAACCAGGCUCCAAGGGAGAACGGGAUGUGCUGAUGUGGAUUGAAUCCUGUAGGUGCCUGGUAUGUGACUUUUCUGAGCCAUCCUUGAAGAGCAGAAUGAGCUGAGCAAGCCUUCCAUAUGCCUUUUGGAAGGAUAGUUGGCCUGGGAAAAGCUUGGGCUGUUCCAUUUUGAAAUGGAAAUGGACUUAACUCAGUGUCCAAAGACAGCAGGAAGAGUCAUCACCUUCAUCUAUGGACACCGGCCUUUCUCUUUUGUGCACUGAAUAUUUUGUAUACUGAAAGAAUUGUUGAGAUUCAUUAAGUUGUGAAUAAACAGUCCUAAUAGUGUUUUUU